CCAUCAUUUCCGAUAUUAUUUUCUGUUAGAAUAAAUAUUGAUGAUUACCCGAAUGAGCCUUAUUUCAACAGCACGAACUAUUUGACAAUUUACUUUAAAUCUCAAUGUGAUAUCUGAUCCUGAUAGUAGCUGAAAUUCGUUUACCAUCCGUUUACGGACUCGUUAACCUUCGUAAAUAAUAUCUGAAUAAAGGGUAAACCAUCGGCCGACCCUCGUCAAUGCUUUUCGUAUUUGAGGGCCUGACUCUUGUUGCCCUUAAAUAGACGGAGGGUUAGGAUUUAAGUUUGGAUUUAAUAUUAAUUCUGAGAUUCGUUUUCAUUUCAUGUUUCAACUAAAUACAUUUUCGUAUAUCAUCCAAACUCUUAAUUCCGUGUUUCAAGUAUACGUUUAUUUUUCUGCUUGCUCAAAAUUUUCAAAUAGAAACAAUUUCGAAGAUAGUAUUUUUAUUUUUGUAUGAUCCGUUUGCAAUUUCAUAAUUAUUGGCUCUGCUUGUCUUAUGCUGCAGGUAACGGCAAUAUUUGCUUCCUGUUUCCAAGUCAGACUCUGUACAGGCGAAUCUAAAAUAAUAAUUGUUCUUCCAGGUAAACGGCCUCUCGUACUCCUGCAUUUAUUCAACAACCUACGCGUUGAAAAGUUCAACCAAAGCGACACAGCUCAACGAUUCGAAAACGUAUCAUAAAGUCAUAUUGGAACGAGAUCAACUAGUUUUCAUCGCUCAACCAAUCUUUCUUUCAACGCAGAAGGAACAUUUUAACGGUCGUAAUGGUGGCCGAAUUUCGUCUAGCGAAACCCAACACAUUCUUUGUGAAUAUUAAUCCAUCGAAUAGCCACUUGAAGUCUGACGACAAUCGAUCAUCCGAAGAAGAUUCCAGCCCUUUGUUGAAAGUGGUCCGUGGAAACAUCAUUCGAAGAGGCGACAGCAAUCUGCUCAGUACUCUGCUUGAGGCUGCUCCCGAACUACGCUCGACCAUCAUGGGUACUCAAAAUCCCGAGGACUUCGAAAACUCUCCUUACUCCGGUCACUCAAUGAAUUUUAGCAUCAGCAGAUCUUCCGUAGAUAACACCCAUAAUCAGCUUGGCCCGGGCUCGUCACAUGCAGCUGGUCAGUAUAGCGCUGAUUCCAGUCGUCAAGACGGAGGCUAUUCUCAUACCAGCGCUGUUAGUGGCAGCCCGGGAUCCCUAAAUGACAAUCUUCAAUCAAAUGCGUCAACUCCAACAACCGGUCCUCAUAUCCGACUUGCAGAUUUUUCGCGAGCUUCUUCGUUCGGCAUGAGUAAUCAGGAUUCGCAACCUCAGUUUUAUGCCCCGAACUCUGUAACGUCAACGGCAGCUUCCUACGGGAAUCACGGGGUUGGACAAGUGCCGACUAUCACUGUUAUAAGAUCAACUGAAACUAUAGAAUUUACUCCUAAUUUGAACCAUUCGCAGUUGCAAAAUGCUGGUGUGGCUGCACACGGUAGCAGUCCGUAUGGUCAGAGUGCUGGUUUUGUCGGUGAUUCGCAGAGAAGGACUAACCGGUCGGUUCGCCCUAAACAUCAUUUAAAUCAAAACGGCUUGUGUGCAAAUUCGCCUUGUGAUCACGGCGAUCUCUUGAGAGACAGAGAGUCUCUUAUUCGAGAAAAUGAAACGUUAAAACGGAAGUUGAAGCUGCUUGCUACUACUAUUAAUGACGAAGAAAAACUAAAUAAAUUGUUACGCUGUUUGAGGGGAAGCAGAGCACCCACUUCGUAACUUGUACUUUUUGGCAAAUUGGUUUUUCGCCAAUGAUAAUUCGGGCGUUCAAUUCAGAUAAAGAUCUAAAUUGGCUUUUCACUGAAAUAUCAUUAUUGGAAUAAUGUCAGAUGCUGUUUUUUUUCGUAGAUCGUUAUGAACAGCUUGCAGUGAAAAGAGUGCCGUUGAUUUAUAGACUGCGUCAAGUAAAGUUAUUUCAAAUGGUUCUGAACUCAGGUAUUGUAAUUUGGUGUAGAAUAUAAUGAACAUAAAUUCACUGCGUGCGAUUUUCUAUUUUCAAACCCUUGUCACACACAUUCUUAAAAAUGCUCAUGAGGUUAAAUUCUAGUCUAACGAUGCAAAUUUUGUAUAUCUCUUGCUAUUAAUCAUGAGUAGCUCAGCAAGACGGUAUAUUAGUUCAUGUACCACUUCCAUUGAUGCAAACAACUGGUAUAAAUUAUUAUUAGCUUCAAUAGAGGUCCUUUUUUUAUGCUCAUUUUAUCAAUCUUUCCUUUUUCCUAACGAAUUUAGCGAUGCCACCGAGUUGCUUAUAGUUUAACACACUCCUUUUCCUCGAGUUUUUCCUCAUUGCACUUGCCUAUCAUGAUAGUAUCCAAACUUUUGUUUGAGAACAUUUGUAUGCUUUGUGGUGUAUAAAAAUAUAUUAUAUAGAACUAAAAUAAAACUUGAAUGGAGGACUGAUGUAUCGAACUUAGCAUCAUACAUAAAAUGAAGUGUUCAAAUCAAUCGAGUUAACUUGGUUUUGGCUUUGAACAUUGUUGACUCAACUCGUGUUGUUGAUCGUAAUUUAAGGCGAUUGAGUCCCGUCUUGUUCGAUCACGCGAUGUUAAAGGAACUUGGUGCACAACGAGGCGAAUUUGGGCUCGGCUCCCAAUUGUGAUCGAUAUUUGGUAUCUUGGGAGCUGCAGAGUUUUAUGACUGUAUUCAGUUACUGUAACUGUAUUCUUACAAUUAAUAUAUUAUUUGGUUAAUAGGAACAUCAGUACGAGUAGUUUAGCGGUAUUUAUUAAUAUCUUUUUCAUUUACUAACCAAAAAUUACAUGAUAGUAAAAUGAUUUAUUUCCUAGCUGUUCAUUUUGUGUUGAUUCCCCCAUGUGUAACGAUGUACGACCAUUUCAUUUCCCCUAUAUAAUUACUUAAGGUCUAAGUAUGAGGGACACCGCAACUGAACUUUAUGAUAUGUACCAUCUUAUCGUGGUUGUAAUGUCAAUACUGAUAAUGAAUAUGAAAGUUGAUAAUAUUAUGUCAGUUAAUCCAAUUGUAUUGAUUUUCAAGCAAGUUUCACUUCAAGUAUAUGACUUGGGUUUUGCGCUGUUUGUAUCACUCAGAGUGAUAUGACGCGUAUUUCUAUCUUCUUCUGAUAUCCAGAAGCCGAUUUCAGCUCCAUUUGUUACUUUGAUUUUGUUUUACGGAUCGUAAAUUUCGCUGGCAGUGCAAAAGUGAAUCAUGUGCCAAUCAAAUAUUGAUGUUGGGAUUAUAGUUCUUCACGGAUAUGUACAUUUGUGUGUGUGGCUUUAGUGUGCUGUGAUGUUAUAUUGGGGACGAAUAUGUGAUUUUUCAGUGGAAGGAUUUCGGGGUUGAUGCCGCUUAUGUAUUACAUCGAUAAGUUAGGCGACGCGACCCACGAUAUAAUUGUCAGUUGCGCUCGCAGAUGAUUUGUGUUACAUUAGUUACGAAUUAAUUUAUAUUUUUUAGUUAUUGGGUGUAUUGGCGUUUUACUUUUUUAUAGUGUAAUUAAAUAUGACUUCAAUACUAAC